GCACGCCUGUCAUGAUGGCCACGCCCAAUAGGCUGCUGAUUGGUCUGCUGGCACAGCAGCUCCCCCUGUGAUUGGUUGAGGUGGAGGGGUAGUUUGUUAUGGCUGCCUUUCACCUCUUUCUAGCUCCUGAACUUUGUUCCCGCACUGAAGGUAUUGAACAUGGCGGCUACACGACGUCUGUCCCGCACCGUGGCCGUGAUCACCAUCAACCACCCUCCUGUCAAUGCAUUGAGCGCCUCAGUACGUCAUGCAUUAGUGAAGGAAUUUGGAGAAGCCAGUAAAGACCCAUCAGUAAAGGCCAUUGUGCUGUCUGGGGCCAAUGGAAAGUUUAGUGCCGGUGCAGACAUCCGUGAAUUUAGCACCUCGGCUUUAAAAACAGUCUCCCUAGAAGAUAUAAAUGCAACAAUUGAAGCUAGUAAGAAGCCUGUGGUGGCUGCAAUUGAAGGAGUUGCCCUUGGUGGAGGGUUUGAGCUAGCCUUGGCAUGUCACUAUAGAGUGGCAAAUGCACAGUCCCGGGUGGGUCUUCCUGAAGUACUAAUUGGCAUUCUGCCAGCAGCCGGAGGAACGCAACGCCUACCCCGAUUAAUUGGCGUUCCUGCAGCUCUAGAUGUUAUUGUACGAGGGAGACAUGUUCCUGCCACUGAAGCAUUACAACUGGGUAUUCUUGAUGAAGUGGUACAGGGUAAUGUUGUUAAUGCAGCCAUACAGAUGGCCCGGAAGGUUGUAGGAAGUGAUUUGAACAAGCGGAGACUUAGCACUAACCAUGUACCAUCCAAUCCCAGCAUGGAAAGCUUCUUGGACACUGCUGUGGAGAAAGCAAAGAAACAGUAUCGUGGGGCCCAAGCUCCUAUAGCCUGUAUAGAGGCAGUACGAGCGUCUGUCCAGAAACCGUACACUUAUGGUUUAGAGAAAGAGAAACAACUCUUCCUUUCUCUUUGGACUACUGGCCAGCCUCAAGCACAGCAGUAUGCCUUUUUCUCAGAAAGAAGUGUUGGGAAGUGGACCCAUCCCUCCGGUGGUAGAUGGGACACUGUUGCACCGAAACCCGUUCGCACCGCUGCAGUUAUAGGACUAGGAACAAUGGGACGAGGGAUAGCCAUAUCAUUAGCUAGGGCAAAUAUUCCUGUGAUUGCAUUAGAGCAGGAUGCACAGCAACUGGAAAUUGGUAAGAAGGCAGUGAACGGUCUACUGGAACGUGAAGCAGAGAAGUUAUUAAAGCAGGGGUUAGUUCCAAGCAGCACAUUGGCCUCUGUGCGUUUCACGCUUGACUUUGAAGAACUUUGUGAUGUAGAUUUUGUUAUCGAGGCAGUAUAUGAAAACAUGCAGUUGAAAAAGGAAAUAUUUCGUAAACUGUCAAAAGUUUGUAAGCCAGAUGCUUUCCUUUGCACCAACACAUCAGGUCUUGAUGUUGACGAAAUUGCAUCUGUCACAAACGACCCUCAGCUAGUCAUUGGCACCCACUUUUUCUCCCCAGCCAACAUCAUGAGGCUCCUUGAAGUUGUAAGAGGUCGCCAGACUUCGCUCACCACCAUUGCUACAGCAAUGAACCUGGGCAAAACAUUAGGAAAAGUGGCAGUUCUUGUUGGAAACUGUCCAUUAUUUGUUGGAAAUCGACUUUUAGGCCCCUAUCUUGAACAAGCUAGUUAUCUCCUAGAGGAAGGAUUCUAUCCAGAAGAUGUAGACAAAGCUCUUGAAGAUUUUGGCUUUGCAAUGGGCCCUUUUCGCAUGAUGGACCUAGCUGGUUUGGAUGUUGGCUGGAGGUCAAGAACGGAGAAAGGUUUAGCAGGAAAUAAAGUUCCCACAGGAACUCCAGCAAGACAAAGACAGGGUAAUAGAUACAGCCCACUGGCUGACAUGCUAUGUGAAAUGGGAAGAUUUGGACAAAAAACUGGUAAAGGCUGGUACCAGUAUGAGAAACCUGGUGGUAGAUAUGCCCAAACUGAUCCUUGGGUAAAAGAUUUCCUCCAAAAAUAUAGAAACACUCACCAAAUAAAGCCACAACCAACAAAUCCAGAAUCGAUACUUGAACGCUGCCUGUAUGCUCUUAUCAAUGAAGGAUUCCGUGUCCUAGAAGAUGGCAUAGCCUCUGGUCCAGAGGAUAUUGAUGUUAUCUACAACAAUGGUUAUGGCUGGCCUAAGUACAGAGGAGGCCUAAUGUAUUAUGCCUCAUCUGUCGGCUUACCUAAAGUGUUAGAUGUACUGGACAGAUACCAUAAAGAAAAUCCAGAUGUCCCAAGUAUGGAGCCUGCCUUUUUAUUGAAGAAAUUGGCUUCUCUAGGAGGACCGCCAAUAAAAGAGUGGAGAACACAAGUUGGAAAUUUUGUUCACAAGCUUUGAGAUUUUCUCAUAAAAACGGUGCUGGAUGGCACUAUAACAAACCCAGGCAUACAAAGAAUCUUUGGGAAUAUUUGUAAACUAGAUUAUUACCUAAAAAUCUUGGAGAAAUAGGAAUUGUUCUUAUACAUGUAAAAAAAAAAAAAAAAAAAAAAAAAAAAGAUUUAACGUAUCAUUCUCCAAAUCAUAUUGAAAUUCACAAGCAUUCCACAUGAUGGAUCAUGUUGUAUUGAAUUAUGACGCUGGACUUGAUAAACUUUGAUUUACUAAAAAUGUUUCUGAAUGGUUGACAAAAACAGUUUUGAUCUAUAUAUACUUAAAAUGGAAUCAAAUGCAUUUGUCUGUCUGCUUAUACAGUACUUUGAGGGCCACUCGACAGACACUUUAAGGGUUAAGAGUUUUCACGUUUUUAUAUAAAUAAAGCUUAUUCAGUGUACAAUGAAAAGCAGUAUACUUUGAAUCA